AUGGAGGAACUGGACAGAGGAGAUAUUGUUUUAAUAGUUGCAUCUAGCAGAAUUGCAUCACUUUUAUUACCCGAAGGUCGAACAAUGCAUUCAAGAUUUGCUAGACCACUCAAUGCAACUGAAGAUUCAACAUGUAAUAUAAAACAGGGAAGCCCUCUUGCAAGUUUGAUAAUGAAGAGAAAAUUAAUUAUUUGGGAUGAGGCACCAAUGAUGCAUAGAUAUUGUUUUGAAGAUCUUGACAAAACUUUAAGAGAUAUUCUUGGAUUUGAAGAUAUAUCUAAUUUAGAUUGGCCAUUUGGAGGUAAAAAAGUUGUACUUGGUGGGUACUUUAGAAAAAUUCUACCAGUCAUUACAAAAGGUAACAGACAGGAUAUUGUAAAUGCUACCCUUAAGUCUUCAUAUUUGUGGGAUGACUGUCAUUUACUAAAGCAAACAAAGAAUAUAAGGUUAGAAGGUAAAGUUGAUGGAGUUGUUAAAGAUCCUAUACCUGAUGAUGUUCUUAUCAGUGAUUGUGAAGAUCCUAUUUCUGCCAUUGUCAACAGUACAUAUCCAGAUUAUUAUUCACAUUGCAGUGAUGUAUCAUACUUACAAAAAAGAGCAAUUCUUGCUCCCACACUUGACAUGGUAGAAUCAAUCAAUGAACAUAUGGUAUCGCUCAAUCAAUGUGAAGGAACAACCUUCUUCAGUUCAGAUACAAUGUGUCUUUCAAAAGAGACAUUUACAGGUUUGGACCAGAUCAAUCUUCCGGGAUUUAUAAUGGAACAAGAUUAA